UCAACACGUUUCCAGCCCGCUACAACUUUUGCUUUAUUAUUUCGCGGCCAUUUAGGGCGAUCGGACACACGGCACGUCAUCCUCGGUUCUGUGCCACUCCCAAAGGAUUAAGUUGCUGGAAUAUGGAGCAAAGCCAUUAAGCACGGGAGCGGGAGUCUUCUGAGUGCGUGGCCGAGCGGGUCGCCCCUUGUCCGGCCUUACGUGUGCUGGAGAUCCCGCUAAUAUGGGAUGUGGACUACGGAAAUUGGAAGACCCGGAGGACAGCAGUCCGGGGAAAAUCUACUCCACUUUAAAGAGACCACAAGUCGAGACUAAAACAGACUCCGCGUACGAGUAUGUGCUGCUGGACUUCAGCCUGGAAGGCAGUCGGCCCACGGUGCAGUAUCUGUCCUCGCUGUGCGAGCUGCCACAUGCCCUGCAGUCCUACUACACCCAGGGCUACGUACUGGCCGCCCUGCAUCCCAUUAUCCUCUCGGUGGGCCGGACCCGCUUCCUGCCCUGCAGCCUGCUCUACCGGGCCAUUCUGGUCCGACCUCGAUCUAGUAAUCAUGCAGUGCCAAUGAUUGACAGCUUGCCAGUGCUUCGGGUGGAGGAGUGGCCACUGCCUGGAGAAUCUCUGACCAGUGACACAGUGAGACUGCUCAUAGACAGGGUGAACAGCUAUGCCAGGGGUGGCGUGCGGUUCGUGGGGUCGGUGCUCCAGCAGGCUGGAGGAGGGGGGUGUAACGGUAGAGUGCCCAGUCCCAGGAGGGGCUGCCGUUCCCCUCCUCGCACCCCACCUCGCACACCUCCCGGAGAUGCAGAUCUAGAGGGCCGUGGCUACAGCCCGGACCUGAGAUUGCUGGUGCUGUUUCACUCCUGGGCUCCUGGAUGUGCUCCGCUGGACUCUCUGGCCUGCUGUUAUCACCAGGGGGCGCUGUCCAUGCGCGUGUCCAGGAAGGGCCAAGUUGUCAGUGCCCUAGAAGCUGAUUGGCUGGAAUUGACGGCAGCUUACUACCGCAAGGGCUGGUCAUUGGUCGACUCCUUUGUAUACUGGGACACACCUAAAGGUGAGCCAGUGCCCAGGUCUCUAGAGGGACUGUUUGUGUAUGAGGAGAAAAGCACAGCGCCACCUGCCAAUGACACGAUUGUGGUGGAACAGUGGACCGUUAUAGAGGGUUCAAAUGUAAAGACAGACUACGGUCCUCUGCUCCACACAUUAGCUGAAUUUGGCUGGCUGCUCACCUGUGUGCUGCCCACCCCAAUUAUUCGCCACGACAGUGAAGGGAAUCUCGCCACCAAGCAAGUUGUUUUCCUGCAAAGACCCGUCAAGGGCCAAACGGUACCACAGCACACUCAGGGAUCGGCCAGACGAGAGGUGUGCAGUCACUCUGUGAGUCGAGGAGUGGAUGAGCCACACACAGAGCUGUUGUCUCCGUGUUCAGGGGGAAUCGGCGGUUUCCCCGUGUUUGGAGGGGGGUAUCCCAGUGCCCUGUCCCACUUAGAUGAGGGAGGAUUUGAGCCAGAAGAUGGGGCUGCAGAAGUCACCUGUAUGUGAUGGACCAACUCGAAGAUGCAAUUUCUUUUUCUUUUGACGAUUGAGAGCGGCAGCUGGUGUAGAAUUGAUCACAUCACCAGACCACGAGAUUUGUGUUCCUGUACUAGAAGCGGUUGGACUCAUAGCACUUUUUUGUAAAUUAUUUUUAACAAGCCAUAACGUAUCCUAGAGAUCAGUUUUAUUUACUCUUGAAAGCCAAGUUUAUGUGCAAUGAUACUUUGAUACAAAGUAUCAAAAAUAGCACUGAAAUUCACUGUUAUUUUCAGACAGUAUCUCGCAGCACUCGCACAAUACAUGUUCAGUUCACAUCGCUUGUCAAGAUCAAGCUCCAACACAAUUUUUAUUUUUUUUUUGUUCAUCACUGCGAGUGUCCUUCCUCACUGUUCAUUUUUUGCUGUUCUGCUUCCUGUUCCGUUCAUACUCCGAACCAGCCGACAAUUCAGUUGUUUGUUCUAACACCUGCAACGGUUCAACGUGACGAACUCAGGAACUGAGUGUCCAAACAGCCCCUCUACAGGACGCAGACGUUUACUUGGUGGGCAGAUUUGCAACAUGCUUAAAUUUUUCAGGACGUGGAGUCAAAACAUCAGAAAUGCUUCAUUUAGCUUGGGCUGCCGGUGUUUAAGAGAAAUGCAGCCUAUUGCCUUUAGGGCUUCAUAAAGGAAUCCAAGAACUAGUCUGUACUUGACACUGUAGUCUGGUUUCAGACCCGUGCUGUGUGUUCAAGUGGUGCUAGAGCUGAAUUUGUAUGUUAAUCUUCUGGGAAUUUCUUCACACUAUCUAAAUGGUAGAGGUAAUACAAUCUGAUUUGCAUGUUAACUGGCAUCAUUGCAAGUUCAAUGACUGCUAAGGGACUAAGAGCAGGGUACUUUAAAUUUCUAUUCAGUAUAAACUGACUAGUUCUCCCCAGCUUGGUCAAAUUCCAUUUGACUGG